AUGCAGUUCAAAAGCAUUGGUGGCAACUGGUACACCCUCAUCAUCCGAGAUGAUUGCACCCGCUGGACACGUGUUUUCUUUCUGAAGCACAAGUCUGACGCCGCUGCCGCUUUCGAGCCAUAUCUGGCGGACUACAGAGCAGAAACCGUCCCGUGUGAGGUGUUUGUCGCACGUACUGACGGCGGCGGAGAAUUCCAGGGCCAGUUUGCGGAGGUCUGCCGUAGAUACGGCAUCAAGCAAGAAUUCACGCCCCCCAACACCCCCAAGUACAACGGUGUAGCGGAACGAGCGUUGGGGUUGCUUGCUGAUUCUGCGCUUGCCUCCCGCAUCCAAGCGAAAGAGAUGUUCCCCGACGCACCAGUCAGCCCCGGCUUGUGGGCCGAGGCCAUUUCUUGUGCGUGCCACCAGAUGAACUGCACCGCCACUACCGGCAACCCUGGACACAAAUCACCGUACGAGCUGUUCCACGCGAUCGGAUGCCUGAUGUGGUUGCUGUUCACGAGGCCGGACAUCGCGCUGCCUUUGAACAAGCUGCAGAAGAUCGCCCACUCACCCACCGAGAGGAUGUGGAACGCGCUUGUGCGGAUCAUGUCCUACCUCAACGAGACGAAGGACCUCGGGAUCACCUACGUCCGCGGAUCAGGGCUAGACCUAGACGUGUUCGUCGAUUCUAGUUACGCCGACAGCACCGUUGACAGGCGUUCGACGACGGGGCUAGCCGUGACUGUAGGUGGGACCGUAGUGUGCGCAUCCACGAAGACACAGCCAGUGACGGCUCAGUCGACCACGGAGGCAGAGUAUAUUGCAGCCGGGGAGGGCCUGAAGGAAGCGUUGCGCGGUUGA